GAGCCCUGCCCGGGUCCCGGGGUGCUGGCGGCGGGCGGGAGCAGGAGAGGAGCCAUGUUCCCGGGCUGCCCACGCCUCUGGGUCCUGGUGGUCCUGGGCACCAGCUGGGCAGGCUGGGGGAGCCCAGGGGCCGAAGCAGCGCGGCUAAGGCAGUUCUACGUGGCUGCUCAGGGCAUCAGCUGGAACUACCGCCCUGAGCCCACAAUCCCGGAUUUGAAUUCUUUUGCAAAUUCCUUUAACAAAAUUGUCUACAGAGAGUAUGAAGCAUAUUUUAAGAAAGAAAAACGACAAGCUAGAACUUCAGGACUUCUUGGGCCUACUUUAUAUGCUGAAGUUGGAGACGUCAUGAAAGUCCACUUUAAGAAUAAGGCAGAUGUGCCCUUAAGCAUCCAUCCUCAAGGAAUUAAGUACAGUAAAUUCUCAGAAGGUGCUUCCUACCCUGACCACACAUUCCCUGUGGAGAGGAUGGAUGAUGCUGUAGCUCCAGGCCGAGAAUACACCUAUGAAUGGCAUAUCACUGAGGACAGUGGGCCCACCCAUGAUGACCCUCCAUGCCUCACACAUAUCUAUUACUCUUAUGAAAAUCUGAUACAGGACUUCAACUCUGGGCUGAUUGGACCUCUGCUUAUUUGUAAGAAAGGCACCCUAACUGAUGAUGGGAUGCAGAAGAUGUUUGACAAGCAACACGUGCUGAUGUUUGCUGUGUUUGAUGAAAGCAAGAGCUGGAACAAGUCAUCAUCCCUAAUGUACACAGUCAAUGGCUAUGUGAAUGGGACGAUGCCAGAUAUAACAGUUUGUGCCAAUGACCACAUCAGCUGGCAUCUGAUUGGAAUGAGCUCUGGGCCAGAACUCUUCUCCAUUCAUUUCAACGGCCAGGUCCUGGAGCAGAACCAUCAUAAGAUCUCAGCCAUCAGCCUUGUCAGUGCCACUUCCACUACUGCCAACAUGACUGUGAGCCCAGAGGGAAAGUGGAUCAUAUCGUCUCUCAUCCCAAAACAUUUUCAAGCUGAGAUGAAGGCUUACAUAGACAUUAAAAACUGCGCAAAGAAAACCCGGAAUCCUAAGAAACUAACUCGCGAGCAGAGGCGGCACAUGAAGAGGUGGGAAUACUUCAUUGCUGCAGAGGAAGUCAUUUGGGACUACGCACCUAUGAUACCAGCGAACAUGGACAAAAAAUACAAAUCUCUGUACUUGGAUAAUUUCUCAAACCGAAUAGGAAAACACUAUAAGAAGGUUGUCUACAAACAGUACCAAGAUGAGUCCUUCACCAAACGCCUGGAGAAUUUCAAUAUCAAAGAAGAUGGGAUCUUGGGCCCUAUUAUCAGAGCCCAGGUCAGGGACACACUCAAAAUUGUGUUCAAAAAUAUGGCCAGCCACACCUACAGCAUUUACCCUCAUGGAGUGACCUUCUCUCCUUAUGAAGAUGAAGUCAACUCUUCCUCCACCUCAGGCAAUAACAUCAUGGUCAGAGCAGUCAAACCAGGGGAAACCUAUACUUAUAAGUGGAACAUCCUCGAGUCUGAUGAACCCACAGAACGUGAUGCCCAGUGCUUAACCAGACCAUACUACAGUAAUGUGGACGUUACAAGGGACAUUGCCUCUGGGCUGAUAGGACUACUUCUAAUUUGUAAGAGCAGAUCCCUGGAUAAGCGAGGCAUACAGAGGGCAGCAGACAUUGAGCAGCAGGCUGUGUUUGCUGUGUUUGAUGAGAACAAGAGCUGGUACAUAGAGGACAACAUCAACAAGUUUUGUGAAAGUCCUGAUAAGGUGAAACGUGAUGACCCCAAGUUUUAUGAAUCAAACAUCAUGAGCACUAUCAAUGGCUAUGUGCCUGAGAGCAUACCCACACUAAGAUUCUGCUUUGAUGACACUGUCCAGUGGCACUUCUGCAGUGUGGGAACCCUGGAUGACAUUUUGACCAUUCAUUUUACUGGGCACUCAUUCAUCUAUGGAAAGAGGCACGAGGACACCUUGGCACUCUUCCCCAUGCGUGGGGAGUCUGUGACCGUCACAAUGGAUAAUGUUGGAACUUGGAUGUUAACUACCAUGAAUUCCAAUCCAAGAAGCAAAAACCUAAGGCUGAGAUUCAGUGAUGUUAAGUGUAUCCGGGAGGAUUAUGAAGACUCAUAUGAGAUAUUUGAACCUCCAGCAUCUACAGCCAUGACUCCACGGAAAACACACGAUUUUUCAGAAAACGAUGAAGAGAAUGAUGCUGACUAUGAUUACCAGAACACGCUGGCUUCAUCAUUAGGACUUAGGUCAUUCAGAAAUUCAUCAUUGAAUCAGGGGGAAGCUGAGUUCAAUCUUACUGCCCUAGCUCUGGAGAACAACUCUGAAUUCCUUCCUCCAAGUACCAAUACAACUGUUGGAUCAAAUUCUUCUUCCCCAAGUAACGUUAGCAGGCUCAUUGCCAAUAACUUUGCAAAACCUCAGAAAACUCUUUCUCAUUUAGAAGCCACCACAGCUGGUCCCUCUCUGGGACACAUUGGCUUAGACAAGAACUCAGUUCCCAACUCUUCCACAGCAGAGCAUUCCAGCCUUUAUUCUGAAGACCCUAUAGAGGAUCCUCUACAGUUGGAUGUCACAGGGAUAAGCCUACUCCCACUUGAUGCAGAAGGAUUCAGAAGUCAAGAACAUGCUAAACAUAAGGGAUUCAAGGCAGGAAGAGACCAAGCAGCAAAGCAUAGGUUCUCCCAGACGGAAUUUCCAGCACAUAAAACUGGGAGACAUUUAAGCCAAGGCAACUCUUCUCCUUCCAGAAUGAGGCCCUGGAAGGAACUUCCCAGUGAUCUGCUACUUUUAAAACAAAAGAAUCCAUCUAAGAUUUUGAAUGGGAAAUGGCAUUUGGUUUCUGAGAAAGGUAGUUAUGAAAUAAUCCAAGAUGCUGAUGAAGACAUGGCUAUUAAUCAGCUGCUGAACAGCUCCCAGAAUGCCUCAAGGACUUGGGGAGAAAGCAUCCCUCUUACAAACAAGCAUGGAAAGCAGAGUGACCACCCGAAGUGUUCUGGAAUUAGACGUAAAUCUCUACAAGUAAGACAGGAUAGAGGAAAUAGUGGAUUGAAGAAAAGCAUUUUUCUCAUUAGAACACGAAAAAAGAAAAAGGAAAAGAAGCUUGCAUACAACGUUCCUCUAUCUCCACGGGGCUUUCACCCUCUAAGAGGAAAGGCCAACACCACGUUUUCAGAUGGGAGACUUGAUCAUGCAUUGUUACUCCAUAAGUCCAAUGAAACAUCUCUUCCCACAGACGUCAAUCAGACAUUCCUUUCUGUGAAUCUUGGCCUGGUAGCCUCACUUCCUGACCAGGAUCAGAAUCCUUCAAAUAACACCAGUCAGACAAGCUCCUCUCCAGAUCUUCAUCAGACAAUGCCCCCUGAGGAACACUAUGAAAUGUUCUCUGUUCAAGACUCUGAUCAAAUGCACUCUACUACAGACCCCAGUCACAGAUCUUCUCCAGAGCCCAGCCAAAUGCUCGACUAUGACCUAAGAAACAAGUCUUUUCCUACUGACAUUGGACAAAUGUUCCCUCCCUUGGAAGCUGAAGUCUGGGAGUCAACCAUCUCUCCAGACAUCAGUCAACCAUCCCUCUCUCCAGAACUUAGUGAGACAAACCUUUCCCCAGACCUUGGUCAGGUGCCCCUUUCCCCAGACCUCAGCCAGGACACUGUCUCUCCAGACCUGAGCCAGAAGACCCUCUCUCCAGACCUCAGCCAGGAGACUCUCUCUCCAGACCUCAGCCAGGAGACUCUCUCUCCAGACCUCAGCCAGGAGACUCUCUCUCCAGACCUCAGCCGGGAGACUCUCUCUCCAGACCUCAGCCAGAUGCCUCUUUCUCCAAACCUCAGCCAGGGGACUCUCUCUCCAGACCUCAGCCCGGAGACUCUCUCUCCAGACCUCAGCCAGAUGCCUCUCUCUCCAGACCUCAGCCAGGAGACUCUCUCUCCAGACCUCAGCCCGGAGACUCUCUCUCCAGACCUCAGCCCGGAGACCCUCUCUCCAGCCCUCAGCCAGAAGACUCUCUCUCCAGACCUCAGCCCAGAGACCCUCUCUCCAGACCUCAGCCAGAUGCUUCUUUCCCCAGACCUCAGCCUGGAGACUCUCUCUCCAGACUUCAGCCAGACAACCCUUUCCCCAGACCUUGGUCAGAUGCCGCUUUCCCCACACCUCAGCCAGGAGACUGUCUCUCCAGACCUUAGCCAGACAACCCUUCCUCCAGACCUCAACCAGACAACCCAUUCCCCAGAACUCAGUCAGAUGCCCCUUUCCCCAGACCUCAGCCAGCCAACUCUCUCUCCAGACAUCAGUCAGACAACCCUUCCUCCUGACCUCAGGAAGACAUCACCUCCUCCAGACCUUGAUCAGAUAUCCUAUACUUCUGAAUCUAGUCAGUUAUUGCCUCUUCCAGAAUUUGAUCAGAUUUUUCCUUAUCCAGACCUCAGUCAAAUGCCAUCUCUUCCACCAUCUUCUACACUAAAUAACACUUUUAUACCGAGGGAAUUUAAUCCACCGGUUGUAGUAGGCCUCAGUGGAGAUGAUGGAGAUUACAUUGAGAUUAUUCCAAGGCAGAAGAAAGAGAGCAGUGAAGAAGACUUGGCUAAAUUUGAUUAUGUGACCUAUGAUGACCCUUACCAAUCUGAUAUUAGGACAGACAUCCACUCCUCCAGAAAUCCUGACAACAUUGCAGCAUGGUACCUCCGCAGCACCAAUGGAAACAGAAAAUAUUAUUACAUUGCUGCUGAAGAACUAUCCUGGGAUUAUUCAAAAUUUGCACAAAGUGAAACGGAUAAUGGAGACACUGAUGAUGUUCGAGAAGACACCAUAUAUAAGAAAGUAGUUUUUCGAAAGUACCUUGACAGCACUUUUACCAAACGUGAUCCUCAGGGGGAGUAUGAAGAGCAUCUUGGCAUUCUUGGUCCUGUUAUUAGAGCUGAAGUGGAUGAUGUUAUCCAAGUUCGUUUUAAAAAUUUAGCAUCCAGACCGUACUCUCUUCAUGCCCAUGGGCUUUCCUAUGAAAAAUCAUCAGAGGGAAAGACUUAUGAAGAUGACUCUCCUGAAUGGUUUAAGGAGGAUAAUGCUGUCCAGCCAAACAGCAGUUACACGUAUGUGUGGCAUGCCACCGAGCGAUCGGGGCCGGAAAGUCCUGGCUCUGCCUGUCGCGCUUGGGCCUACUACUCAGCAGUGAACCCGGAGAAAGAUAUCCAUUCGGGCUUGGUAGGUCCCCUUCUGAUCUGCCAAAAAGGAACACUUCAUAAGGAGAGCAACAUGCCUGUGGACAUGAGAGAAUUUGUCUUACUUUUUAUGGUCUUUGAUGAAAAGAAGAGCUGGUACUAUGAAAAGAAGCCCAAAAGGUCUUGGCGUCUCACAUCCUCAGAAGUAAAAAACUCCCAUAUGUUUCAUGCCAUUAAUGGGAUGAUCUACAACUUGCCUGGCCUAAGAAUGUACGAGCAAGAGUGGGUGAGGUUGCAUCUGCUGAACAUGGGCGGCUCCCAAGACAUUCACGUGGUUCACUUUCAUGGCCAGACCUUGCUGGAAAAUGGCACUCAACAGCACCAGUUAGGAGUCUGGCCCCUUCUCCCUGGUUCAUUUAAAACUCUUGAAAUGAAGCCAUCAAAAGCUGGCUGGUGGCUCCUAGAUACAGAGGUUGGAGAAAACCAGAGAGCAGGGAUGCAAACGCCAUUUCUCAUCGUAGACAGAGAAUGUAAGAUGCCAAUGGGACUAAGCACUGGUAUCAUAGCUGAUUCACAGAUCAAGGCUUCUGAGUACAUGAGUUAUUGGGAGCCCAAAUUAGCAAGAUUAAACAAUGGUGGAUCAUAUAAUGCUUGGAUCUCAGAAAAACUUUCAACGAAAUUUGACUCUAAACCUUGGAUCCAGGUGGACAUGCAAAGGGAAGUCCUAUUCACAGGGAUCCAGACCCAAGGCGCCAAACAAUACCUGAAGUCCUACUACACCACUGAGUUCUACGUGGCCUACAGCUCUGACCAGACAAACUGGCAGAUCUUCAAAGGGAACAGCACAAGGAAUGUGAUGUAUUUUGAUGGCAAUUCAGAUGCCUCUACAAUAAAAGAGAAUCAGUUUGACCCACCUAUUAUGGCUAGAUAUAUUAGGAUCUCUCCAACUAGAUCCUAUAACAGACCUGCCCUUCGAUUGGAGCUGCAAGGUUGUGAGGUUAACGGAUGCUCCACACCGCUGGGUAUGGAAAGUGGAAAGAUACAAAACAAGCAAAUCACAGCUUCCUCAUUUAAAAAAUCUUGGUGGGGAGAUUACUGGGAACCUUUCCGUGCCCGCCUUAAUGCCCAGGGCCGUGUGAAUGCCUGGCAAGCCAAGGCAAACAACAACCAACAGUGGUUACAAAUUGAUCUGCUCAAAAUCAAGAAGAUAACUGCGAUUGUAACACAGGGUUGCAAGUCUCUGUCCUCUGAAAUGUAUGUGAAGAGCUACAGCAUCCACUACAGUGACCAGGGAGUGGAAUGGAAACCUUACAGGCAGAAAUCCUCGAUGGUGGACAAGAUUUUUGAAGGAAAUAAUAAUAUCAAAGGACACAUGAAGAACUUUUUCAAGCCACCAAUCAUUUCCAGGUUUAUCCGAAUCAUUCCUAAAACAUGGAAUCAAAGUAUUGCACUUCGCCUGGAACUCUUUGGCUGUGAUAUUUACUAGAAUUGAACAUUCAAAAAGACAAAGGGACUCUUAAAGAUAUCAAACCAUUUAGAGUGGGGGGCAAUGUAUUUUGUAGGUAUUUUAAAUAUUAAUAAUUUUCCACUAUUUCCCUUUUUUUGUAUUAGAGAAUAAAAUCUUAUAUAUGA